CGCUAACAUGUGUCGUUCGAGAUACUUACUGUUUACAGUUUGAUGAGCGAAGAUGGUGCGUUUCGAAAACGAAAACGGAAGAUCCACAAAUUUUAAUUCCCAAAAGAUUUCUUUCAGUAUUAAAAGUAUUAUCGACGAAGAUAGUAACGAUUCCAUUUCUGGGACAGAUGAACCGACAGAUUUGAGAAUUCCUUCAAAAAUUAAUGCACAGAUUGUGGACGAGGAAAUUCACACGGCCAAAACAGAGGACGAUUCUAAAGUGACCAAACCUCCGUUCAGCUAUAAUGCUCUAAUUAUGAUGGCGAUCAAGCAGAGUCCAGAGAAGAGAUUGACACUGAACGGGAUCUACGAAUUUAUUAUGAAGAACUUUCCGUAUUAUCGUGAUAACAAGCAAGGAUGGCAAAAUUCGAUUCGACAUAACCUAAGUUUGAACAAGUGUUUCAUAAAAGUUCCGAGACAUUAUAACGAUCCGGGUAAAGGAAACUAUUGGAUGCUACAUCCAAACAGCGAACAUGUGUUCAUCGGUGGAAACACGGGAAAACUGAGACGGCGCUGUUCCUCAUCCUCUCGCACGCGCGUAAAUGAAUUCAAAACUUCGUCCAUACAAGAAUCGUGCUAUGUAGAAACUAUUAACAGAUCUGUUUAUCCAACAACCGUAGAUAAAAUCCCUUGUAAUUUUGGAUUUUAUUUGCAUCCCAUGCAACUUCCAUUCGUUUAUGCGAGUCCUCUGUCUAUAAGGCCAAGUGUUUGUCAGGAAUUCUCGGUGGACAAGAUUAUAGGCUUGCAAUAUCAUAAAUUGAAACAGCUGAAUAUUUGUAACCCUUCAGUUUCGGAACACACUGUAAUUUCUCAUUCGUCUCUGUCAAAGCCUCCGGUUAACUGUACUCAACCGUUAAUGACUGACAGACAAGCUACGUUGAUACAUAAACCAUUAGCCAUCCGAUGUUCCACCAGUAGCUAAUAUUAAAUCAUUACAAUCUACGACAUAGAAAGAGAUCAGCCGGAUGAUUGUCAGGCAUUCUUAUAUCGUCGUGAGAGAUCCAUCUUCGAAUCCUAUAUGAACAUGUUGAUUUUUUUUAUCAGUGGAUCGCCGUUUCCUCUUCUCGUCCAUGUUAAUAGACCCUAUUGAGAAUUCAGACUCGUCCAUAAUGAGAAAAAUUGAGAUUAGUCAUAUAGUACAUUGCAUUCUAGAGACUCGAAUCAACAAAUUCGACCCAAUCUAUUCAAUAUAGGAUGGAAUGAACGGGUUAUUAUGAAGCAUCUCCCUUCAUUUUGCUUUU